UUCUAGAUGCAAGGGGAUAAACAAAAAAUUCAAUUUACUACAAGGUUUCUUUCUCUACUACGCUGAGCUCAUAGCAAUGGAUAUCAACGAGGAGAAAUCAACAAAGUCACAGUUACCCAUUGAAGGAGAUCACGAACAAAAAGCAACAAAGUCAGAAGAAACAGCAAAGGAAAAUGAUCAAGGGAUCAUCACUGCACCAAAGACUGUAACAAUCGAAAGUGAUGCAAAUAUAGCUGCAGAACAAGUUAAAGAAGAAAAUCCAACUGAGGACAAGAAAAAUGAAGAGAAAGCCGGUGAAGAUACAAAAGAAAGUGCAGAAUGGCUAGAUCCGCAGAAGAAGCAAAGUGAAGAAAAAUUCAAAUGCCGGCCAAUAGCAUUUCUGUUGGGACUUCUAUUUGCCCUUAUAUCUCUUGUCCUCGCUUUUGUUGGAGGCGUUAUCUGGAUUCUCGGGGUUGGCGCGCUAGUUGUCAUAAGCUUGUUGUUGAGUGGCAUUGACGACUUGAGGUUAAUGUUGACAUGCAUCCCCUGCUGCGUCUUCGUAAAUAUCUUGGUUUUUUUUUUUUUUGGUAAAUAAAGACAUUUAUUCAUAACAUAAAGACUUAGUAGUCAUUACAAUAUGAGAUUUGUCUAGGCCACGCAGUGCCUAUCCCAUCUCUAUCAAAAGCUGAAAUAGCAAAUACAGUGGCACUUGAUCUAGUCAAAGCUCCGUUUGCCUUAUUCCAGUAUAUCACUGAUAAAAUACCUUUCUGAAGAGUGAAGAACCUGUAUAUGGG